AUGAAGUACUUCGUGUCUCUCGCUGCGCUCGCCGCCAUUGCUCCCGCUCUCGUGAGCGGCCUGACCAUCAACACCAUCACCACUGGUGUUCAGGAGUGCGAGCCCGUGCUCUUCAGCUGGUCUGGCGGAACUGCACCGUACUUCUUGUCCCUCGUCCCGAACAAGGACACUACGGCCGCGCCGAUCAAGAACUUCGGUCAGAUCACUGGUACCAGCAUGACGUGGACGGUUGACCUCGGUCAGGGCACAUCCUUCACGAACGUCAUCAAGGACAGCACUGGCGCUACCGCUUUCUCCGAUGAGCAGACUGUCACCUCUGGUGGGGGCACUAGCUGUGCGAACACCUCCGUGACGGAGAGUGCAGGCGCGGUCGGUACCGCUUCUGGGGCGGCGGCUGCAUCGGGCGGUGCCAGCACCGCUGCUGCGGCGACCACCACUGGCGCGUCGGCUGCCAAGACCUCCGGCUCUGCUUCUGGUUCGGCUGCCUCCAGCGCAGCGUCGGCUUCCUCGUCGGCCAAGAGCAGCAGCAGCAACGGCGCUGGCCGUACGUCUGUUGGUGCCUUCGGUCUCGCCGCGCUGAUGGGCUUGGUUGGUGCUGCUCUCUUCUGA